UUUCUCACUUUAUCCAACAACGUCGCGCAAAAACCCGUCAGCACUGACUGCAUGCACACCGUCUGCUCGAACAAUCAGUGAACACCCAGGUCUGAGUCCUGCAUGUUGACGACCUGCACAUUUCCACCGUAAUGCUGGGCGCAGUGAAAAUGGAAGGACACGAAACUCCUGACUGGAGUAGCUAUUACACUGAUGCACAGGAGGUGUAUUCGCCCAUGACGAACAGCAGCAUGAAUGCUGGAUUGACUUCUAUGAACAGUAUGAACAGUUAUAUGAGUAUGUCCACCACUGGGAAUAUGACUUCCAGUUCUUUUAACAUGUCCUAUGCGAACCCUGCUCUCGGCGCUGGACUAAGCCCAGGAACUAUGGCGGGGAUGCAGUCGAGCGCAAGCAGCGCAAUGAACGGAAUGGGCGGCGGGGUCUCGACCAUGGGCACCGCGCUUAGUCCAACCAAUAUGAAUGCAAUUUCAGCUCAGCACACGUCUAUGAACGCACUAAACCCGUACUCAAGCAUCAGUCCCACUCUGAGCCCUAUGACAUACGGUCAGCCUAACCUUAACAGAGCACGGGACAACAAGACUUUCAGAAGAAGUUAUCCGCACGCUAAGCCUCCUUACUCUUACAUAUCACUUAUUACUAUGGCUAUCCAGCAGUCACCCAGCAAGAUGCUCACGCUUAGUGAGAUCUAUCAGUGGAUAAUGGAUCUUUUUCCAUAUUACCGUCAAAACCAACAAAGGUGGCAAAACUCCAUCAGACAUUCGCUGUCUUUCAAUGACUGCUUUGUCAAAGUGUCUAGGUCACCAGAUAAGCCGGGAAAAGGCUCUUACUGGACCCUGCAUCCUGACUCUGGAAAUAUGUUUGAGAAUGGCUGUUACCUCCGCAGACAGAAGCGUUUCAAAUGUGAUAAAAAGCUUGUCGGAAGUAAAGGGCCUGAUGGAAGGAAGGAGCAGAACGGGUCAGGCUCGCCGUCAAGUGACAGCACAAACACAAAGACCGGGCCCGUGGACUCCAACUCAAAAAACAGCGCAAACCAGUCAAGUCCUCAGAGCUUGGACCACAGAAAUGGCAGUAGCAACACUGAACUGAAGAGCAGUGGCCCACAGAUAGGCCUCCACCCCGUGGCCAACUCAGCCACGGCUCUCUCCUCUCUCUCUUUGCCCCCACACUCUAUGGCCCACGAGUCUCAGCUGCACCUAAAGGGAGACCCCCAUUACUCUUUCAACCACCCGUUUUCCAUCAAUAAUUUAAUGUCCUCCUCGGAGCAACAACACAAACUGGACUUGAAAGCAUAUGAACAAGCGUUGCAAUAUUCAUCUUAUGGCUCAGGUAUGUCUUCCAGCCUGCCUCUCGGCAGUGCUUCUAUGGCCGGAAGAGCGAGCAUGGACCCCUCGGCUUUAGAGGCGUCUUACUACCAAGGUGUGUAUUCAAGGCCAGUUCUUAACACUUCUUAGUUUGGUCUUAUAAUUUACUGCACUCAACAAUUGCGGACAGAUAAACUUUAUUUUAUUUUUGCAUGCACCCUGUGCAUUAAGGACUGUUGCUUUAAAGUAUAAUAAUGUGUAAUGUAAUGUGUAUAAUAAAAUAUUGUAAAGAGUUUCCUUGAAUGAGUGUAUUACCCACCUAUAAAUAAUUGCUAGUGUAUUUAAAACGAGUUUGAGCUUGUAAAAUAAUGUACUCCCCCAAACCAAUAUGUCCUAUGUGUUACAAUGUGUACAAAUGAAGGUCAGUUAUGGUCUUGUGGAAUGUGUGCUGCAGCUAAAAAGCAAAGUUAACUGUCUGUUGCAGAUGUAUUUGGAUGUUGUCAUUUUACUUGUUCUCUUUUGGGUUUUUAUUUACCUCGUUUGAUGAAAACAUUUUAAUCCCAAACUUGUACUGAAAUAAGUUAAUCAAACGUGAAAAUGAAUUGCGAAUAAAACAUGGUAUUUCCUAAUUACGCCAGUUAGUGUUUCGUUGCAUGUUUAUGUUAAGAAGCUCCUGGAUAAUUUGGCAAAAUAUAUUUGGAGCAUUCGGAGACGCUGGGUUUAUUAUCUUGAGGGUUAAGGAAAUU